CAAACCCAGAGCGCACACAGCUCCUCAGUACCUUCCCUUACCCCCAGCAUAACAUGAACUCCCAUCUCUCCGAGCGGCCGACGGACGACACAGAUGGUCUCAUUACGGUGUCCCGACUUGUGCUGACUGAAGCCGCCGUUGUUUAGGAAAAAAGAUCCCCCCCCCCCUCCCUCUGACACCGGUUGUGUUUUUCGGAUGCGCCAUGCAAUCUCGUUGGUGGAGUUGUGGCAUUCGGCUGGUGGCAUGGACAUGGCUUUGGAGUCUGGCAUCGCUCGGAGCGUGGUGCAUCCCCGCAAAUGAAGUGAACCUGCUGGAUUCUCGCUCUGUGAUGGGAGACCUAGGAUGGGUGGCCUACCCUAAGAAUGGGUGGGAGGAGAUCGGUGAGGUAGACGAGGACUACGCCCCCAUCCACACCUACCAAGUGUGCCGUGUCAUGGAGCAGAACCAGAACAACUGGCUCCACACCAACUGGAUCCUGACCGAGGGCGCCCAGCGGGUCUUCAUCGAGCUCAAGUUCACCCUAAGAGACUGCAACAGCCUGCCCGGUGGGGUCGGGACCUGCAAGGAGACCUUUAACAUGUAUUACUACGAAACGGAUGGGGACGAGGAGGAAAUGGAGGACGGGGAGAUGAGAGAUGGAACGGGGAUGACGGAGGAGGAAGACAGGGUGAUGAAGGAAAGCAGAUACAUCAAAAUUGACACCAUAGCAGCUGAUGAGAGCUUCACAGAGCUGGACCUGGGGGACCGCGUGAUGAAGCUCAACACUGAAGUCCGCGAUUUAGGUCCUUUGACCCGGAAAGGCUUCUACCUGGCAUUUCAGGAUUUGGGGGCCUGCAUUGCUUUAGUCUCAGUGCGGGUUUUCUAUAAACGCUGCCCAUUUCUAGUGAAGAGUCUGGCCGAGUUCCCCGACACCAUCCCAGGCUCGGAGGCUUCGCAGCUUGUAGCGGUAGUGGGCCGCUGCGUUAAUAACUCCCUGCCUUUAUAUGAGCCUCCCAGGAUGCAUUGCAGCACAGAGGGAGAAUGGCUGGUGCCUAUCGGGAAGUGUGUAUGCCAGCCAGGGUUUGAGGAAAUCAGCGGAUCUUGUCACGUCUGCAAAGUGGGGUUUUACCGCUCGAUGCUGGAGUCUUUGGCCUGCAGUAAAUGUCCACCUCACAGUGUGGCCAGGCACACAGGAGCCACUGCUUGUAGCUGUGAGGAUGGAUACUAUAAGAUUGACUCUGACCCUCCCAAUAUGGCCUGCACACGCCCACCUUCUGCGCCACGUAACGCCAUCUCCAAUGUCAAUGAGACCAGCGUCUUCUUGGAGUGGUCUGUUCCCAUGGAGACGGGUGGCAGGAAGGAUGUGUGCUACAACAUCCUGUGCAGACAGGUCUUGCCAGAUGGAAGGGGCUUGGAAGAAUGUGGCCCCAACGUGCGUUUUCUGCCACGUCGUGUCGGCCUGUCAAACACCUCGGUUAUGGUGGCCGACCUGCAGUCACACACGAACUACAGCUUCCUGCUGGAGGCUGUCAACGGGGUGUCAGAGCUGGCCAAAGACUACGCGAAGCAAUAUGUGUCACUUAACAUGACAACCAAUCAGGCAGCACCCUCCCCAGUGAGUGUGGUGAGGAAGGGUCGUACAGGGAAGAGCAGCAUUGCCCUUUCGUGGGCAGAACCCGAUCGCCCCAACGGUAUCAUCCUCGAGUAUGAGAUCAAGUAUUUUGAAAAGGAGCAGGACUCCAGUUACACUAUAAUAAAAUCAAAGGAGACCGAGAUGGUGGUGGAGGGUCUGAAGCCCUCCUCAGUCUACAUCUUCCAGGUGCGAGCCAGGACGUCAGCAGGCUAUGGCGCAUUUAGCCGGCGCUUUGAAUUCCAGACCAGCCCUUACUUAACUGCUACCAGUGAGCGUGCUCAGGCUUCGAUAGUAGCAGUAGCCAUCACAUUGGCGCUGGUCUUACUGGCAGUGGUAGCUGGAUUCCUGCUCAGCGGACGGCGGUGUGGCUAUAGCAAAGCAAAACAGGAUCCUGAAGAGGAGAAGAUGCACUUUCACAACGGUCACAUUAAGUUCCCCGGGGUGCGUACCUACAUUGACCCCCUCACCUAUGAAGAUCCCAACCAGGCGGUGCAUGAAUUUGCCCAGGAGAUUGACGUCUCGUUCAUCUCCAUAGAGAGGAUCAUUGGAGCUGGGGAGUUUGGAGAGGUGUGCAGCGGACCACUGAGGCUGCCUGGGAAAAGAGAGAUCCAGGUUGCCAUUAAGACCUUGAAAGCAGGCUACACGGAGCAGCAGAGACGUGACUUCCUUUGGGAAGCGUCAAUCAUGGGCCAGUUUAACCAUCCGAACAUCAUCCGUCUGGAGGGCGUGGUCACCAAGAGCAAGCCAGUGAUGAUAAUCACUGAAUACAUGGAGAAUGGAUCAUUGGACACAUUCCUUAAGAAAAAUGAUGGUCAGUUCACUGUAAUUCAGCUGGUUGGUAUGCUGCGUGGCAUCGCAUCUGGCAUGAGGUACCUGUCCGACAUGGGCUACGUCCACCGUGAUCUAGCAGCUCGCAACAUCCUGGUCAACAGUAACCUUGUGUGUAAAGUGUCUGAUUUCGGCUUGUCCCGAGUCCUGGAGGAUGACCCAGAGGCUGCGUACACCACAAGGGGUGGAAAGAUUCCUAUUCGCUGGACAGCUCCAGAGGCAAUCGCAUACAGGAAGUUCACAUCAGCCAGCGAUGUGUGGAGUUACGGGAUUGUCAUGUGGGAAGUGAUGUCAUAUGGAGAAAGGCCCUACUGGGAGAUGUCCAAUCAAGAUGUAAUAAAAGCAAUAGAGGAGAGCUAUCGGUUGCCGGGUCCUAUGGACUGUCCCGAGGCUCUGUACCACCUAAUGAUGGACUGCUGGCAGCGAGAACGCAGCAACCGCCCCAAGUUCGAUGAGAUUGUCUGCCUACUAGACAAACUCAUUCGCAACCCCAGCUCAUUAAAAAAACUGGUCAACUCCUCACACAGGGUUUCCAACCUGUUAGUGGAGCAUGCCAGCGUAGAAGGGGACUGUAGCACUCGGACCCAGACUGUAGGGGAAUGGCUCGACUCCAUCAAGAUGGGCCGUUACACUGAGCUCUUCAUGGAAGGAGGUUACUCUUCACUGGAAACAGUGGCUCAAAUGACGUCAGAGGAUUUGCGGAGAGUAGGCGUGAAUCUGGCUGGGCAUCAGAAAAAAAUCAUCACUAGCAUUCAGGAGAUGAGAGUCCAUAUGAACAACACCAACUCUACUGUAAACAUCUGAUGCAUAUGUACAGGCACACACGCACACACACAUACAGACACACACACACACACACACACACACACACACACACACACACACACACACACACACACACACACAGACUUAUAUAUACACAUGCACACAAUAUACGGACCUAGUAUGUGACGAAAGGACUCAGAUUUGCUGUUGGACCUAGAGCGGCUUAGCACUUUCUACGGGCAAGGAAACCCAGUGUUCAUGGAGCUAAACUGGAGGAUCCACAUUUUUGUGGUUAAUAUGUGUGGAGUUUGCCUGCGGUGUCACUGGGGAUAUUUGACAUUGCAGCGCUAAAACCAAACUGAACUGAAUUGAGUACUGCUACAUGAAGGGAAGAUGAUGAUGAGAUAAAUUAACUGAACUGCAUUAAACUCAAGUGACAACUUUUCAUUCCAAUUAUUCCAUUUAUGUGAAUCUUGGGGAUUCUGAUAUCAUGUGCACUGUUUGGAUUCUCUCAGAUCAGGCAUGAAACAUAGACUGCAGAUCUGGCUCUGAGAGCAACCAGCACUUUUUGGCUGUAUCACAAACAUGGGAGUUUCAUGCAGCGGGCUCAAACUGAUAUUUUUCAGCCUGUCUCAGGUGAUCUGAGCCCAGCAGAUCUGAACAGCACUGGCUUAUUCUCUGGCAGUUUUCUCUGGAAGUACAGUUCCGUCAGGCGUCAUUGAAUUGAACCCCAUUCUCAGGCAGUGUAAACAUGUAAUAAUGGAUCAAGAGCAAAAUCUUCAUUAGUUUCAACUUUUGCUUUGCCAUUUUGAUGUGCUUUGGUCUUUGUUUUCCUGUCUUAGGCAGGUCUUCAUGCCACAAGACUGCAGUUGUAUUCCAGCUGUGCAAGUCAUGGAAGGUCCAGACUCAUUCAGCAUCCCAUAUUUCAUUAUCUUCUGAAGCAAUGCAAAACAAGAGUUCAUAAUGCAACCCUCAUUGUUUAAAGAGGCUGAAAUUUUAAAUUGGGUCUUAUUGAGCCGGAAAAGAGUGAAAUGAUUCAAGGCUUUAGGGUCUAGGAUACUCUCUAUAUAUGUUCUUCUGGCUGAAUGUAUAGCACUACACAGAACACAAUGCUCAGUUGCAGCAUCAAUGUGUUAUGGUUUGAUAUGUAAUAUAUGUCAUUUAUGGAUAGAAUGUGGCAACAGAACCAUUCUGGUCCUUAAAACCAGCUUCUGAAUGAAGCUGCAGAUUGUACAA